GACGAGGCGGGCUCGGCCGAACGCCGCCAAGGCCGCGGACGAAAGGGACUUUUGCUUUCUGGCUUGUCGAGCAACACCGUCUCGGACGACAGUCGAAUGGGCGGAUCAAUGGGCAAAAAAUCACACCAACGUGUGAUUCAUGCGGCCGCGACAAGCAGAGACGGCACAAGUCAGUAG